AUGUUUAACACGGCUCAGAUUAUUCCACAGAGUCUGAGAUCAGUAUACACGGCUCAGAUUAUUCCACAGAAUCUGACAUUAGUAAACACGGCUCAGAAUAUUCCACAGAAUCUCACAUUAGUAAACACGUCUCAGAAUAUUCCACAGAAUCUGACAUUAGUAAACACGGCUCAGAUUAUUCCACAGAAUCUGACUAUUAGUAGACACGGCUCAGAAUAUUCCACAGAAUCUGACAUUGGUAAACACGGCUCAGAUUAUUCCACAGAAUCUGACUAUUAGUAGACACGGCUCAGAUUAUUACAUGGAAUCUGACUAUUAGUAAACACGGCUCAGAUUAUUCCACAGAAUCUGACUAUUAGUAAACACGGCUCAGAAUAUUCCACAGAGUCUGACAUUAGUAAACACGGCUCAGAUUAUUCCACAGAGUCUGACAUUAGUAAACACGGGUCAGAAUAUUCCACAGAAUCUGACAUUAGUAAACACGGCUCAGAUUAUUACACAGAAUCUGACAUUAUUCAACACGGCUCAGAUUAUUCCACAGAAUCUGACAUUAGUAAACACGGCUCAGAUUAUUACACAGAAUCUGACAUUAGUAAACACGGCUCAGAUUAUUACACAGAAUCUGACAUUAGUGUACAUGGCUCAGAUUAUUACACAGAAUCUGACAUUAUUAAACACGACUCAGAUUAUUCCACAGAAUCUGACAGUGUACACGGCUCAGAUUAUUACAUGGAAUCUGACUAUUAG